GGGAAGAGGCCAGUCCUGCCGAUGGAGAACCUGGGUUCGCCGUCCAUGCCCUACCCCGCCCACUGUGAAUUCGUCACUUUAUUUUAAAUGCAAAAGGGGAGUGAGAGAUUAAUAAAAGGCCUUCGCAAAAGUGAGGAGGGUGAUGAUAUCUGAGCGUUGUCAGAUCAUUCUGCCACCCCGUCCAGUCACUGUCACUGCAGCGUCGUUCCAUAUUUAGCUCCCAACAACUGUGCCUAGUGGUCUUAACCCAGUGCCCCAGCACCCGAGAGGAUGGCUGAAAAAGAGGAGACGCCCGACAACACCCAGAAUGGCGAGGAGCAGCCUGAAAAUGCAGAGGAGGCUGAGGAGGAGAAGAAGAAGCAAGAGCUGGAGAAACUGCCGCCGUUUGAAAUCGUGGAAGGGGAGCGCUUCCCUGCCUUCUUUUUCAAAUUCCAGUUUAGGAAUGUGGAAUACAGCUCAGGCAGGAAUAAGACCUUCCUGUGUUACAUUGUGGAAACCCAAGGCAAAGAGUCUGGGAGCUUUCGGGGUUACCUGGAGGAUGAGCAUGUAGCAGCCCAUGCUGAAGGUGCUUUCUUCAACAACAUCUUGCCCACAUGCGAGCCCAGCCUUCGCUACAAUGUCACCUGGUAUGUCUCCUCCAGUCCCUGCGUGCCCUGCGCGGACCAGAUAGCUCAGAUACUGCAGAAGAACAAGAACCUGCGCCUCACCAUCCUGGUCAGCCGUCUCUUCAUGUGGGAGGAGCCGGAAAUGCAGGCUGCUCUCAAGAAACUGAAGACAGCUGGAUGUAAACUGAAGAUUAUGAAGCCUCAAGACUUUGAGUAUAUCUGGCAGAACUUUGUGGAGCAGGAAGAAGGAGAGGCAAAGGCCUUCGAGCCCUGGGAGGACAUUCAGGAGAACUUUCUGUAUUAUGAAGAGAAGUUAGCUGAGGUUCUGCACUGAGGCGCAUGGCCAGCUUGCAAGAGAUCCCUCAUCCAGUGGAGAGACGAAAUAUGACAGACUUGGACAUCUAGGACAUGCCUUCAGUUUUCCAGAGCUGCUUUGAGACACAAGCCUUUAGCAAACAUGGCCCUGAUGGACUAAGACUACAUUUACAAUGUAGCAGUUAGGCGUUUUGUUUUUUAUUUUUAAAAUAAACUUGCACUGUCUUUGUUAGCAGGACAAGAGAAAGCCAUGUGCUCUGCUUAAUGACAUGAAUAUAGUGGGCUUACUAGGGCAGCAUUAGCAUUAAAACUCACCCCCUUAGAUCAUGGCUGAAAAUUAGAGCAAAAGCAGCAAAGUCAGAAUAGCUAUUGAGCAAAUGUAUGACCUAUAAAUGCUAAGGACCUUUUUUUUAAAGACAAAAACCAAGUUGGUAAACAGAAAUGCUCAUGCUAUAAAAACUGGAAGGGCAAAGGAGUUAAAUCAGUAGCCAUUGCAGAAACUCUCAGCUACUGUGAUUUCCCCCCCCUUUCACAUAAACAUUUUCCAAACAUGGGCAUUUAAUAUAGUGGAGAAGAACUUACAACCCACCCAUGUAAUGUUUCACACUUGAGAAAGUACAAUGCUAUAGGAAGGGGGAAUUCCCACAUACAAAAUAAUUUCAAGAGCUAGCAAGAGAGUGAAUGGAACAGAUGGAAAAAUCUGGUCCUGUGACAAUGCCUACAUGGAACAGGUGGAAAGAUCAUAGGGAGGCUGGUCAGCCAAGAUGUUCAAUCAGAGGGGGUUCACACUUCCAGCUUAAUUUCUGACUCACCAUAGUUUUUGUCCCAACAGCACCAAGCAAAAUCGAAAGGAACAGCAGACCACAGGAAUGUAAGAGAUGAAAAAGACAAGGUAUGGCCAAAAGUUUUACAUCUGACUGUUCCACUGGCACCAUACCCUAGUCUUAGCCUUCAACAGAAAGGAUGCAAAUAGCAGUAAGAAACCAUCAGUGUGGAAAGCAGACAAAAAUAGGUGUGCUGAUUUUACUAUUUGUGUUUGUUACCAGACUUAGAAAACAAAUAUAAACAAGAUACAAAACCUAAAUCCAGCACAUAUUUUUGGUAUAUAUUUAUGCUUGUUUACAGAUUCGAUAUUCCAAAUUUCUAUGUGCUGAACUCAAUCCUUUAAGAAAUUCCCAUGUUUGGCUAUAGCAGUUAUACACCAAAAACAACUUCACAAGGGACAAAAUGGUGAUCAGAUACAGGCUUUGCAUUUUUAAGGUGUUACAGAUACACACAUGAGAGCAGAAAGACAGAAUCACCCAGUGCCAACCCCUCUGGCAAAUUAAAGAGUAAUUCAUAAUCUGUAAAGAUGUGAUAAUUUUUGACUGAAAAGGAACAAUAUAACAACCUGAGGCCUUUAAAGAUUAGAAAAAGGGAUUUGCAAAGCUUCAUCAAGUAUGCAAAAGAUCCCACACAAAACAUUCUGUUAAUAGCUUCUCAAUAGAGAAGGGUUUCCAUAUAUUACCAUGAACAAAAAGAUUAUCUUUAUUAAGGAUUCUACUUUAUGCUUGAAUUCCUAUACUUUGGUAUUUAGUUACUAUAGUAAUGGGCAUCCUAAAAGUAAAUCAGAUUAGUCACUGUGAUGGGAUUGGAAGUAAAGCAUACUACAACUACUAAAGGUAUAUAUGGCAGAGCAAUUCAGCUUAAAGGUUCUAAAAUCAGUAACAUUAUUAUAUUUGAACCAAAUGCUGCAGAAAGAGACCUGGUAUCUUACUUUAAGUAUGUGGUGAAAAAAUGCUCCAGCUGAAGUUUACUGACCACCACCAAGUAACAGACUACAUUUUGGGGGUCUGCUG